UUUUCGUAUUUAAAUUUUUUUGUAACGAUAUUUUUUAUUUUUUUAAUCAUAUUUGUGUUAAUUUUUUUAAUUAUUACUAAUAAAUACAUAAAUAUAAUUAAAUUUGAAAUUUGUUGCGAUAUUUUGUAUUUGAUAAUCAUUUUGUAUGUUUCAUAAAAUAACCCGUAGAUAAUCUUAAUAGUAAAAACAUCAAAUUGUUGUCAUAUAUAAUAACUUUAGUUAACCUUCACCUUUCCAUUAAGGCAUUAACAUUAAACUGUCGCCAUAUUUAAACAACUUCUUAAUGUAUAUAUAUAUUUUAUCUUUAUUUCAAAUCAUAACUGUUGCUAUAUAUGAUAACUUACAGAGAAGUGGAUUCCACCUUUUGUGGAAAUAAGGUCGAUGAUAGUAUUAAAAAGCAGUAAGAAAUGUAAUGAAAUAUAUAUUGAUUGAAGUACUCUAGCGGGUAUAUUCAAACAAUGCAGUUAUCAAUAGGUCUAUGAUAGUGUUAUAUCUUUUAUAUGCAGUCAUAAAAUAAUUAGUUGGACUACACCUAUAUCAAUAGGUCAUGUUCCUGUUUUAAUAGAAUAGAUUCUUUUUGAAGCAUUCUCCUCGCGCCGGUGACGGAACCCUAAGAAGCAGUGCGAAGCAGCGACCAAAUCAAGAAGGAAGCGGAUGUCCAACGGUACAGAACAGGUGAAUCCAUCGCCAGAUAACUCGGCGCAUCAAUCGGAAUCGAAGUCGAGGAAGCGUUCGGCGCCGUUAGACAACUGGUUGCCUGAUGGUUGGAGAGUUGAAGAUAAGGUUCGAACCUCCGGUGCUAAAGCUGGUUCGGUUGAUAAGUACUAUUACGAACCGGUCACAGGGCGUAGGUUUCGGUCCAGGACCGAAGUGCUGUACUACUUGGAACAUGGAACCUCUAAGAAAGGAAGCAAGAAAGCAGAUUUCAAUCCUGACCAUUUGGAAGGCCAGGGAAGAAAUAAAUCUAGCAGAAAAGCUAAAGAGCAGCCGCCACGGCCAUUGAACUUUGAUUUUGAGAAUGCACCGGAGAAGUUAAGCUGGUCUAUGGCGAACUCAGGGGAUGAAGCUUGGUCACCUUUUCUUGGGGAAGACAAGGUUCAAGAUUCAGUGAGAAGAGAUUGGUGCGCUGCCUUUACUGUUGUAACGACCAAAAACCCAAGUAAACUUUCGUUGUAGAGAGGAUAAUGUCUCGGUGGUGAUUUUUAGAUUGUUUCAUGAUUUGUAGCUUUGACGGAGAUGGUAGAGCUAUUUAACUGGCGAUGCUUGCUUAGUAGUAUUCACAUGAUUUAAGUUAGCUGUACUGUAACGUAAACUGAGAUGGUAAUAGUUAUUUAACUGGGCGA